CCCAUUUAUAUAUCUACUAGAACUAGACCACUAUAACCCCUGUUCCCUGAUAUGAUACGAAGCUCCAGGGUUUUAUCUAGCAGAGACGCCAUUACGGCCAUGAAAAAUGGGUUUCACUCAGCCCAGCUUUUAAAAACAACUCCUCAGGGUGUUCCCAAAGUGAAACUGAGCAGUGAAGAAUUCGCGUUCAAAUUACUUGAUAGAAGAUGGGCAUUGCCCAGCCCUGAUACUAAAAUUCACCAAAUAAUGCUUUCUCAAGCACGAGUAAGAGAUAGAGGUGGACCAUUUGGUAAUAGAUCCAUGUUAAACAAUACUCAACCGUCCUUUGUUGAUGACAUGGUCGCAAAGAAUGAUCAAAGCCCAUCCUUCUAUAUUGUGAGGGAUGAUUUGUUGCAUCCAUUUGUAAAUGGAAAUAAAGCUAGAAAAUUGGAUGGACUGCUUCCUAUAAUUGAAGAUCAUUCAGUGACUGAUGUGGUUACUUGUGGAGGUUGUCAAAGUGCACAUGCAGCAGCUGUUGCUGUCUCGUGUGCAGAGAGAGGACUUAAGUCACAUUUGCUUCUACGAGGGGAGCAGCCUGAAAUUCUGACAGGCUAUAACCUGAUUUCAACAAUGUAUGGGAAUGUCACAUAUGUUCCUAGAUCUCUAUAUGCCAAUAGGGAAAAAAUGCUGCAAACCCAUGCUAAUAAUUUGGUGUCAAGCAAUAGUGGUCAUGUUGCAUGGUUCAAUGAUAUUUUUGAAUCUUCCUUUACAACUCAGACGUCUAGUUCUUUUGUGCAAAUGGAUGCAAAUAGAAGUGCUGAAAACUCUCCAAGAAAGGUUGCAAUUCUCAAUGAAGGUGCAGGGGAUGCUGCAGCAUUACUAGGUGUCAUUCGCCUUGUGUGGUACUUAUCCCAAAAUCAUCUACUUGGAAAAGAGAGGGCCAUGAGAUUUGUUGUAGAUGCUGGUACUGGGACAACUGCUGUUGGUUUAGGACUUGGAGCCCUAUGUUUCGGGCUCCCUUGGGAGGUAACUGCUAUAAUGCUGGCUGAUACCGUUGAUGGGUACAAACAACAGGAGAGACGCUUGGUUUCUGAUUUCAAGAGGUGUUUUGGUUUUCAUCUUAUUGACCACGGCUUAAAUGAAGUAGAUCAUGGAAUAGUGAAGUGGGUAGAACGUUGCCAUCCAAGAAAGUUUGGCAAUGUGUUGGACGGGGAAGUAGAAGCAUGCCAACAAAUUGCACAGCAAACUGGUAUUCUGGUGGAUCCCAUGUAUACUUUAGCUGCAUGGGAAAUGGCAGCACUUCUUAGUGAAAAGGAGGCAAAAGAGGCUGUAAAAGUGGUUAUGCUCCAUACUGGGGGCACGCUGGGCAUUUUUGGAUUAGCACAGAGGUACAGACCUUACUUCCAUACACUCAAGGAUGGAUUGUCGGUUUAAAAGAAGAUAGCAAACAAUUAAUUUUAUACACUACAACCCUAGGCAUAUUAUUUUCUACAUUUAAACUUUCCAUUGCUCUCUGAUAAGUGUGAUAAAAAAAAAAUGUUAUUAUUAUGUAGUGUACUUCCACUGUUGUUUGACUGAGUGUGUGUGUGUCAGUGUAUCACAUUAGUUUGCUGCCCAUUCUUGACAUUUCUGUUUAUUUGCUUUGUUUAAUGUAAAAUCAGUGCAUUCCUCUAGA